AUGCCCUCAAGUGCCCUCAAAUGCCAGCGGGUUCAUGUCGCUAGUCAUUGGGGAUCCGACAAAUAUAUCGACCAACCAUUCUCUAGCAAGACCGAUAUUGUCGGCGCUAGCCUCUUCCUCGGCGGCUCUGGAGAAAUUAAGAAAGCACGGUCGCCUCCUGCACAACUCAUCAUGGCCAACGCAUUCCGUUGUCUCUAUGCCGAUGACAACUGA